ACAUAUGACAGAGAUGAUAGCGAAAGAUCAUGGACAUCAUGGAUUACCUGAAGGCUGUGAUAGGGGUAAGAUGGCGGAUCCGAAGUACGCUGAUUUGCCAGGCAUUGCUUAUGACCAGCCUGAUAUCUAUGAGACACCUGACACACCUGAAUCUAAUAAGAAUACUGGUUUUUACGAGGAAGAAUCUGAUUCCAUUGAACGCCUUCACAUCAGUGCCAGUGAAGCAUUUACGAAGUUCAAAGGAAAAACAUUGGAAGGAAAAGGAAUUGACUUUUCUGAUCGAUUAAGCAAAAGAUUGCGAACAGGAUAUGAUGCUAGAUCUGUAGAUUGGGAGUUGGUUGAAAGUGGGGAGAAAGAAACCCCACUCCAGAAGUAUCAGCGACUUCAGUGUGAGAUGAAGGAACUGUUGGAAGAGGUUACGCAGUUGAAAGAAACAGUGAAAGAUGAAAAGAAUCUGGAAAGUAUAUCAUCUGUGCUGCUCUCUAGUCGGGUGGAGGAAGCAAAGAAGCAGUUAGCUGAACUACGUCUAGAGGAGACUCUAGGCUCGGAGCUCGUCACUAACUUAGCAGAUCCACAAGGGUCCCAGCUUAGGAAGCUGUUUGCCCAGCUGGAAAGUUUCAAGCUGAGUGGUACACCGUCUCAUAAAUCAGGGAAAAUAAAGCCUGAACAUGGCGUUGCUGGACAGAGCAGUGCAGUCACGUAUGAACUCACUUAUCGGCCAGAACAAGCCCAUCUGAUUCAGGUUUCUCAUGUGGCCGACUUAGAGCACAGACUCCACAAGCUGGAGACUGUACUAGGAGCAACUUCAGAGAAAAUGGCACGCUUGUCACUAGACACGCAGCACAAGAGUCUGAUAGAAGUAGCGCAGCAGCUAAAUGCGAGAGCAAACCUCCUGGACUCUGCACAGUUGGACCAUAUUGAGGGCAGGCUUACUGCACUUUCUCAGAAGAUGGACAGUAUUAAUGAGAAGACUUCAUCCACACCUGAAGAUGCAGAAAGAAAUCAAAAGGUGAAUGAACUAUAUGAGCUUGUAAAGAAAACUGAAACGUUGUCUCAGGUUCUCCCCCAAACCCUGGAACGUCUACUGGCUCUAGAAUCGCUGCAUAGACAAGCUGUGGACUUCAACAAAUCUUUGACACAGCUGGAAGUUCUGCAGCAACAGAUUGUAAGCAGUCUGCAGAACAAUGACACAAUGAUGAAAGAUGUCCAAACAAACUUCAAGUUGAACUUGGAUGCAAUUGUGAAGAAUAUAAGCAGCUUGGAAACUCGAAUUUCUGCACUGAACAAGAAAUGAGUGCAGAAAAUAUGCUUUAAUUGUUAAGUAGGUUCAUUUUAAUAAUAUUGUGAAAUAAUAAAUAAAUUAUAUUUUGUUAUUUUCAAGCUAUUUGUAAAAAAAUGUUAAAAUAGACAAGAACUCGAGAGCAUUGUCAAUUCAUAUUGUACCAUAUAACUUCACUAUGCUUAUGAAAAAUAAAUAGCACAUGGUGUGUUGUGUGUCAGUUCCCCUUUUGCAGGGAUAGGCAAAGAGCUCUCAUGUCAACAGAUGACAAAAGUUGAGGGAAAUAGCCCUUAGCUUUUUAGAUUGGUAAGUAAAAGUUCAGAUUACUGUCUUCUGGGAUGUGGCACCGUGUAGUAUAAUAAAUCAUUACCAGCCUUUUGGAGGAACCUGUUGCCUCCAUCUUUGAGGCAGAAGAAUGAAGAUGGUUGCUCUGAGGCAUUGGUAAUAGUCUCUUAGGCUACGUGGUGUCACAUCCAAGUAAUAAUAAUCUUUAUAGUCACUGCUGUGAGAACCUUAAAUCUUGUAAAUGAAAUGUUGGUAAGAAAAACAGAAGUAAUUACAAAUGACAUAUGCCAGUAAAAUUGUAUGUAUGGCUAUGUUGAAAACUACAUGUUUUAUAGAAUUAGGACUGAAGAUCACAAAUAUGAAUCAUCAGUGAAAACAUCUUGAUGAACAUAAUAUAAUUCUGAAGUAGAUUUUGGUGUGGCAGAAAUUACUGGGCCUACAGUUUCUUAGAGAUACCAUAUUUUCAUAUUGAUGUUAUGAUAUUGUAUUUACUCAUAUAGAUUCCAUGUCUAAAUCUUAGAAAAGUAGUAAUUCAGUGUUCUUUCUGAAUAUUUCCUUUUUAGAAUGUUUUAUCUGCACUUUGCUCUUAUCAUGAGCUUUAAAGGUAAAUUGAAAUGUAAGUCUAAGCACCUUGCCUUUCAGAGCUUACCAUGCAUUUUGAGUGGAACUGCCAGCAUUACAUUGGUAAAGAUUUUUAAUAAUACUGCAAAUAGAAAUAUGUGACAAAUUGACAUUUUAUUUUAUUCUCUCCCUUGUCAAAAUCUCCAGUUUUCCAAGUAUGACACCAAAAUGUUCAUAAUAUAAGCAAACUUCAUGCAUAUUCUGGAGUUAAGAAAUAAGGAAGAAUCAAGUUAAGAGAUGCACAGUAUACCAAUUCUCCACAUUUUCUGCCUUUUGUUCUGUGAUCUCAAAAGAAACAAAGUGUACAAUCUAAUAAAGCAACAGUUGUAGCAGCAGAUUGAGUUAUAUUUUAAUAAAAUACACUAACAUACACAGAGACAUAAAACUUAGGUGGAAGCUUUGUUUAAUAUCAAUAAUAAAAGAAUCUGUAAUCUUUCA